GUGAAUACCUCCUUGCAACUCACACUGCUGCCUCUUCGUAGGCAAUCUCCUUCUCGCCGGACUCUCGUCAUCGUUGUCAUGCGAUAUUGGGCACAUUCUCAAUCUCCUGGUGCCAAGGUCAACGAAAUGGGGACAUACAGCAGCUCCACCAUUCUCAACACAUUGUUCCUGCUUCUCAGCGCCUCCAGCUUGCUCUCUGCAGAUGCUGCUUUGCGUGCUCCGGAUUUGACGAUCUACAUAUUUCGGACCACUCCUCCUGCGCCCAACGCAACUGUAGUGGCAAUUUAUCCACCUGGUCUUCGACCACCGGAUGCGACACCAUAUCCAGUCGGGAUCCCCAUUGUGUCCGUCGGUGACAACCCCAUCAGACUGACUGCUUCAGAAAAAUCACAGAUUGUCGGCAGGCAGAGGGUGUUUCGCGUCACGGGAAUCACGCAAGAGGAUCAAUACCUGGCUCAAUCAACCGGAGUCUUGGACCUGAAGCUAAAUGGUAAGAAUGGUACCAUUUCAUUUUCAGGCAUCCAGACCAGGGGUCUCAACAUUCCUCCCGUUGAAGAGUUGGGCGUCACUGGUGGCACGGGAGCCUAUGAGUCCGCAAGCGGUCGCGCCAAGGUGACUCUCAUUAGUAAUUCUGCUUCCAAGACAACCUUGAAAUGGGAGGUGUACCUUUGCUACCCAGAACUAUGCAGGGUAGAUUCCUUGUUGAACUAGUGCCAAUAACAAAACAGUCCAUGAGAAAUCAUUCACGCAAACGGGAUUAUCCCUUCAUAAGUUCCAUGCAAGCUGCUGCCAAGACUAGAUCUGACCUAAGAGCUUAGAUCUAGUAAUGGAGAUAGUCGUUUUGGACAGUGAUCUGUGCCCACUGAAUCCCUCGGUCCAAAUACAGACUCUGAUUCAAGAGGAUAGCUGCAUUGGAACAUGCUUAUCAUAAUCAACCCUUUCCUCGUGGAUUAUGAAGCAUUUCUGACUGUGGGCCCAUCAUACUCAAAGUUCUGGUUUCUAGAAAGCUGUGGAAUCUUUGAACGGUAUUGCUCAACGGGUUCAGGGUCAAUAAAAAGGGAGGUUUCUUACACUUGAUAGUGGUCAAUUGUAGACAUACG